AGCACCAGCACAAAACACUUGCGUUGCGUGUGGAUCUCGGCGCAACAAUCAACCUUGCCAGUGGGAAAAAACGAAGAUUACAUCUUUGUGCCACAAAGGGCCUUAUCGCGUCUGUACCGCAGUAAUUACACCGGCAUCGUCAGAGCGGUGUAGCUCGCUUUGACAAACCACAUCCAUACCGCUGUGUUCGUUUUUCGGUUUGCUGAAUUGCACCCACCAUCAUACUACCUUCUACCAUAGAGAGAGAGAAGUGUGCUGCUUUACCUUUUCUUUUUCUGUUGGUCCGUGCGAGCCGCCUCGCUUAUAGAUUAAGGAAACAAAAGAAAGCCAAAGGGAAGAUGGAGGCGAAAGAGACAUUGAAUGACUACUUCACAGUCGUCGACGACUUCUUUCGCAAGACCUUCCGCGAUGACUGCCGCCUCUUCAUGUCGAUGAAGUCGCGCCAGUACUCGGAGUCCAUCUUAGGGGUGAACAUGCUCGGCAAAGACGCCGCGCUUCUCUCUGCGGACGUCUCUUCUCUCACCCCUUCGUCGCCUCCGACGCCGCGACGAACGUCACCAGCGGCGACUGCCAGUGGACCGUCUGCGACUGCGGCGGCGGCGGAAGAACGCGCGCGGUCCGAGAAGCCGCCGACACCCAUCACCAGCUUCCUCUCUAUCUCGCCCCGCAUGUGGCUCCGUCGUGACGGCAGCGCGCUGGGAAAGGUGAAGGUAGCGUACGAGUUCGACGUGCCGCGUGUGUGUCGCCUGCAACAGGCGUUGUCCAUGAAUAGUCUCGGCGCUGUGACCGCCGUGGGGAAGGUGAAGGAGCUCAUCGAGGGCCUUACGGCUGGUGUGCGGGUGUGUGUGAACACCAUCGCACCCGCCUCCGAAGAUGUCACGUCCGGUCACAUUCACUACCAGCGCGGCGACAAGUAUUCCUCGCUGCGCUACCAGCGCAACGGCCUCGGCAGCAGCGACCUGCUUGUGGACUGUGGCAUCACCUUUUUUAACCUGCUGCUUGGCGCCGGUUUUGAGCGGCGCCAGCUUUCGUUUCUCGAGCAGCGCGAUGGCCCCGGGCAGCUGGAUGUUAUGUACGCAGGGGCGGGAUUCACAGGAGUUAAUUGGUCUCUCGCAGCCAAGAUGAUCCGUUCGAGCGACGCGUGGUCCAACGCCCACGUCGCCAUCUUGCAGCGACUCUCCCCGACCACUGCGGUUGCCUGUCAGUACAACUUUGAUCUGGCGGAAUCGGUCGCGAAGGUCUCGCUGGGCUGCAUGCAGGGCAUUCAGAUCCGCUUUCCGACCCUCGUGCAGACUCGCAGUGGUGCCGCCCGGACGUCCGGGUUGCCAGCGGAGCCGAAUGCGGUGGCGGCCUCGUGGACGGCGCUGGUGCCGCUGGCCGUCGCGGCGAAGGCGGAGAGCGAUGGCAACUGCUGCGCGACGGCUCGUGGGCUUUUCAACAAGUCGAUUCGAUGGGGGGUGGUGGCGCGUAAGAAUAUGUUGGACGAGUCCGCGACGUGGAAGUACGGGCUCACGCUGUCCAUGGAGUACGAGUCCUAA